CGGAGACCGCCCAGGAGGCUGCGGCGCUCCUGGGCUAAGUCCUGCCAGGGAGCUCCCCCGUUGCGUGACGGAGGAGGUGGGGCGAGCGCAGCGCGCAGAAAUAGGGCUCUGGACGCCCGAGCGCAGCCAGCCACCAGCACAGCCCGCGGCCCGGUGCGAGCUCCGCCGGCGACCAGUGUGCCAAAGUGCGGUGCUCCCGCACGGAACCUGGCUCGGGGAGGGCCUCUAGGUGAGUGCCGGGCCCGGCGCUCUGCUCCUGGAGCUCCCGCGGGACUGCCUGGGGACAGGGACUGCGGUGGCGCUCGGCCCUCCACUGCGGACCUCUCCUGAGUGGGUGCGCCGAGUCAUGGAGGGCGCAGAGCUGGCCGGGAAGAUCCUUUCCACCUGGCUGACGCUGGUUCUCGGCUUCAUCCUUCUGCCUUCGGUCUUCGGAGUGUCUCUGGGCAUCUCCGAGAUCUACAUGAAGAUCCUGGUGAAAACUUUAGAGUGGGCCACAAUACGAAUUGAAAAAGGAACCCCAAAGGAGUCGAUUCUUAAAAACUCUGCUUCUGUUGGUAUUAUCCAAAGAGAUGAGUCACCCAUGGAAAAAGGGCUCUCUGGUCUACGAGGAAGGGACUUUGAGCUGUCUGAUGUGUUUUAUUUCUCCAAGAAGGGAUUUGAAGCCAUUGUGGAAGAUGAAGUGACCCAGAGGUUUUCCUCAGAGGAGCUAGUGUCAUGGAAUCUCCUUACAAGAACCAAUGUAAAUUUCCAGUACAUCAGUCUGCGGCUCACUAUGGUGUGGGUGCUGGGCGUCAUAGUGCGCUAUUGUGUCCUACUGCCUCUGAGGGUUACCUUGGCUUUCAUUGGGAUCAGUUUGCUGGUUAUAGGAACUACACUGGUUGGGCAGCUGCCAGACAGCAGCCUCAAAAACUGGCUGAGUGAACUGGUCCAUCUGACUUGCUGCCGGAUCUGUGUGCGAUCCCUCUCUGGUACCAUUCAUUAUCAUAACAAGCAGUACAGACCCCAGAAGGGAGGCAUUUGUGUUGCCAACCAUACUUCCCCAAUUGAUGUUUUAAUCUUGACAACGGAUGGAUGUUAUGCUAUGGUUGGCCAGGUUCAUGGCGGCUUGAUGGGAAUUAUUCAGAGAGCUAUGGUCAAGGCUUGUCCUCAUGUCUGGUUUGAACGCUCAGAAAUGAAGGAUCGACAUCUGGUUACUAAGAGACUAAAAGAGCAUAUUGCUGAUAAGAAGAAAUUACCCAUAUUAAUUUUUCCUGAAGGAACUUGCAUCAACAAUACUUCAGUCAUGAUGUUUAAAAAGGGGAGCUUUGAAAUCGGAGGAACCAUACAUCCAGUUGCAAUUAAGUAUAACCCUCAGUUUGGUGAUGCAUUUUGGAACAGUAGUAAGUACAACAUGGUGAGCUACCUGCUUCGAAUGAUGACUAGCUGGGCCAUCGUCUGUGACGUGUGGUACAUGCCCCCGAUGACCAGAGAGGAAGGAGAAGAUGCAGUCCAGUUUGCUAACAGGGUUAAGUCUGCUAUUGCUAUACAAGGAGGUCUGACUGAACUUCCCUGGGAUGGAGGACUAAAGAGAGCAAAGGUGAAGGACACCCUCAAGGAAGAGCAGCAGAAAAAUUACAGCAAGAUGAUUGUGGGCAAUGGAUCUCUCGGCUAAGAGGACAGCUGACAGCCUUUAGAUCUAGAACUAGCCCUUAGGAAUGGAAUGGCUUUGUUUUUUGUUUUGUUUUUAUGAUUGUUAAUCUUUUCUACAGAAUGAUUGUCUCUACCUCUUUAUGCCAGAGGCAGAACCUACAGGUGCCCUUUUUGGCUUUUGUUGUUGUUGUAACAUUAGCCCCAUGGAUUGUAAGGUGGUUUACUGAGUUCAGACAGAUUCUGCUUUGAUAAAAUGAUGGCGUCACUGUUGACUGAAUGAAAUAUUUGUAUAGAAAAAAGUGCUUAUAAAAUGUGUUUGGAACUCAUCGAUAGGGUAAUUCUCCAAAAAUGCCCAAACUCUCUUUUUAUAAUUAGCCUUGCCACUUUCUUCAGUCACUUAAAUGGUGAGAUUACCACAUCAGUGCAAGAUGACCAUUAUGGUUAUGGUCUACUGCAAGGUUGAAAGGAAAAAUGGAGGAU